AUGUGGACCUUUAUUUUGUUUUACUUCCUGGGAUGCUUCAUCAGUCAGGUACUUCUCAGAUUUUAGAUACAAUCUUCAAACCUUUUUAAUUGCAUUUAAUUUAAAUCCUUUCUUGUUUGGUUUUACAGACCUCUGCAGAAGGUAAAAUAAUUUCUUUGUAUUUCUCUGCACAGCAGAUAAAGUGUGCAUCAAAAAAAUAUUAAUAAAUUGGAUGUAAGUUUAUUCCUUCUACAUUUUUGUCUUUUAGACUACUCAACGCAAAUGUACUAUGUCAAACUGAAAAUAGAGCUCGGUAUCAUCCCAAACCUGACAAAGAUUCUGGGACCUUUCGUCAGUAACACAACCCUAGACGUGGACGACCUUCAGAAAACAACAAGUAAACUUUUCCUGUUUUUAUAUCCCAUAUUUAACUUAAUGUAAUCCAUGUUUUUAGAGUCCCUGAGUAUAUUUUCAUACCUUUCUAACCAGCCUGUCAGAAUCUCCCUGACAGCUCGAUUUCAUGCACUUGCGAGUCGGACCACAGAUGGACGGACGAAGUCUGCAAAUCUAACCCGGACUGUUGUGACAAAGAGAAAUGCACCUUCCUCCAACAGUCAGACCGCAUGUGUGUUUCACAAAAAACAGGUAUUACGCAGUUUUUACCCUGUUUUCAUGUAUUUAUGUCAGGUGUGCUCCAUAGAAAAAAAAACUGAAUUCGUCUUCAAAGUUAACGAUUUUCCUCCUAGUGUCAGUCAAUGGAUCCAUAACUCUGACAGGACCUGAGUUUGCAGGUUGUGUGAAUGAAAAAACCUCACAGGAAUUUCAGGAUUGUAACCACUCGCUGCUUACAAAGGUAAAAACAAACACUUUAAACAAUCAGUAUGGUGAAGAGCAGUUCUGUGUGAGAACUAUGAUAAGGCACUAAUUCAUGAGUGAACAACAAAUAAAUGUGAACAGCUUUUCUCCUCAGAUGAAAGGAGUGUACAGCACUAUAAAUGGAUUUAGCAGCCUCACAAUCAGCAAAUACAGGUAUCUACUUUGCACUACAAAUUAACUGUUUUAUAUUUCCUCACUUGUCAAGACAUGACUGAAAUGUACUUUGUCUUUACGAAAGGGUUGGAAGCAUCAUCGCAGAUUUUGAGGUCACCUAUGCAUCUGAGUUCGAGCCACAGGAACUGAUUGACAAAUCUGUUAAGUUGAGCAAGACCCUGUCCUCAUCAUUUAUUCUGGAGACAACAGGUACUUGUUUCUCCUGGAGGUCGGGGUGCUGAGAUGUACUCUAAUGGAGAUUCGAAUAAGCCCCAUUUUCCUCACUAAACAUAGAGGCAUUUUUAACAGGCCAAGAUGACUCUUUAUCCUCUUAUCCUCAAUGAAGCUGCCAUUAGUGAAGUGCAAAGAGACUGUACCUUCUGGACACAGGGGCACACCCAGACUUUUAUGACUGAGGUGGGACUACUGGGACACUGACAUGGGUGGCCAGUGUAUCUGUAGGCACACACAAAUAAAAAGCAUUGACUCAUAUUAUCUUUGAACUCUGUGUAUGCAGAUUCACGUACAAUUGCGUGAUAACAAGUUGUCUUUAGCCACAUAGACUAACCAUAUAAGCAGUAGAUUGUGUCCUUCCAGAGGAGGAAAUCCACUUCUAGACUUUCAGAAUCAGCAUCUCCUCACCCAUGGUGUCAUCUGGGUUAAAUGUUGUCUAUAAACCUUUCACUUGUUUGUCUCCGCCCGUUUGCACGGUGUGAAAUAUGAUCCGCCUGAAAAAUUGAGUAUUUUAUUUUGAAAAGAAGACAGAUGUUUUAUUUUGUGUCUGUGCCCGACUUCAUUUCCAGCACGGCUUAAUCUGUGCUGAAUUUAUCCGCCAUGCUCCGGCGUCCAGAAAAAUAGAACUCUUGCGAUCAGCUGCGGAGUCCGGCGAUCCGCAGGGGAACGGAAAGAAGCCGGUGGAAAUUGACACGUUAACUUGAAUGGUUACGAUCAGCUACGAUCAGCAGAUACGGCCUUUUCGUAGCCGUUCCUAAUGCGGUGGAAAUUGAGGGUGAAGGAUUUGAUCCCAGGUUCCACAGUCCCCACUGGCUGCCCCCAGUGGUGUGUGAAUGGAAUUAGUCAAAAGAACAGUUUGCAACUUUGCAAUAUUUCAACCUCUGCUAUAUUAUGGCUUGCAAUUUAGAGUUGCAUCAGUGGUAGUUAAUCAGAAUCGGGGCCAAAGGGGGGUCUGUGCCACCCCUUGCCUCCUCUUUAGACAUGCCCCUGCAAGCAUUUUCCUGAAUAACUCCACUUUUAUUUUCCUGCAGGUGUUGCCAAGUUAAGCUUGCCCUCUUAUCCUGUGAGGUAUCACAGCAAACACACGCUCACAUGCAAGGUAGACCAGGACCUGAAUGCCUCGGUAUCCUGGCAGAUGAAAAGACAGACUCAAAUAUUCAAAAUCACAACUGGCACAGAGUCCCGGGUGUCAAUAGCACCUCUGGAGACCAACAUCGAGCUCAAAAACAUAUCAGAGCUCUGGGCAGGUACAUUUUUCUCCAUCACUUUUUCAGGUUUUUUGGUUCACCUUGUGGUUGACACAAUGAUAAGAUUUGUGAAUCUGUGCAGCACCUAAAGUUUACCUGAUGAAAAUAUAAUGUCAUCAGCUGAACCUUUAAAAUGAUUUGACUUCAAAAGACGCCUCUGUGGUGCAAAAAGUUCAUUUCUUUUUCCCUUUUUUCUUUCAAAGGAGAGUACACCUGCGUUUUCUUCCAGAGGUCAGACUCUGGCAUCAUAUCUCACAAAGCCAGCGGUGUUUUGGACGUGUGCCCUAAGCCAAAGAUUUACAUCAGCACAUACCCAAGUUUUCCACAUUGCUUGAGUAGUUCAGGUUUUCUGGAGGUGACAGCCCAAUGUGACAUAGGAAGCAGCAUUGAAAGCUACUCUGUGACAUGGAACAACGAACAUGGACAGGAAAUGACACCAGGUAAAAACAUUUUCUUGUCACUUUUUUUUCCUUCAUUCCAAUUCUCUGUAAAUCCUGAAGGGUGUAUAACUGAAUGAUGUACAUCUUUUAAGUUUCUACUGAGGAGGAAGGAGUUUUUAUGACUCAAAGAAUCAUCAACUGCAAUUCAACCACACCUCAACCACAAGUGACGUGCACUUUUGAGAACAGGUGCAAUGAAACCACUCAUGCGUCAAUUGAUAUCAAUAUCAUACAAGGUAUGCACAAGUUUUUUUCCAGUGUCAUUCUCAAGAAUAGCUUUGUCCAAUAUAACCCCUCUGCACAUGUAAGAAACUACGAUUAUAAAGCUGUAUUCACGUACUGUAUGUCAUACAUGCAAGAAAACUCCUGAAAUUGGUCCUGAAUUUUACCAAAAACAACAAGAAAUCUAUAUCCAGGUUGAGGUUAUCAUAAAUUCAUGAUGAAUUUAUCUGAGUCUGUAUCCUGUGGUGACAAUAUUAUGAUAAAGAAGAUAGAGCUGUAAAGAUAGAUCUUUUAUUUGUUGCCAAAGUAAGUGCAGAUCCCACAUACAUGCAGCAACAGAUAUUCAGAUUCACAUCUUGGUCUCUGUUACGUGAGCAUUGUAUUCUUUUAGUCAACAUGUAAAAAAUGACAAAUCAGCACUUUUCUAUCUCAACUUUCUCUUUUAAAACAGGAAAUGAUCCUUUCUGUGAAGCUGAGGGUGACUGGGAAAAAGCCAAAGCUGGAUUUACUGCAAGAAUAAGAUGCAAGCACCAAACUGGAAUAAGACGAAGGAAAUGUAUUAUUAAGUAUGACUGAAACCAAUUAUUUCAUCAACUGGAAAAUACUUGGCUGAUUAUACAUAGAUUUACCCUCUGAAAUAUUUUGUCAGGGAGGUGAAAAUAACUAGUUUUGUCUUAAAAAUAACACAAAUUAAAAAUAAAGAUUCAGUUUCACAAAAAUAACCUGGAAAUACACAAUUUGAAGUGCUGAAACAAAUAAUCGUAUGCAUUUUUUCACAACAAAAAUCACUUGUACUAAUCAAAGAUAUCUGAUUUGGAGAUAAGUUUCUUUAGAUUGACUUGUUGAUUAAUCUUUCAGGCAUAAGAAAGCAGUGUGGGAACCUGAGGUUUCAGAGUGUGUGGAUCAGGAGAUACGUGAUGUGCUGGAAAAAGCAAUUGUAAGUCUAAAACUGUUUUAAAUGAUGCCACAUUUGUAACAUGUCCCAGGUGUUUUUCAGGCUAAGUUUUGAUUUUAUUUGCUAAAAUAAAUCACAAAUUCUAGGGGCUCUGCAGCUCCUAAGCUAGCUAGCCUUAGCCUUAUGGAUAUCUUGUUACUGAUGACUUACACUGAAUAACAAAUUAUUGAUCAUUACUGUGCGUACAGAUUGUUGACAUCGGACUCGGCGCAGUCCACGAAAAUACUGCUAACGUUUUCUCCAUCUUUGAGAAUGUCACAAACCAAACAGAGAGGAUUGACUCGUUCCCAAAUUUAAACACGUCAGUUUACGUGCUUUCCACGAUGAGUCAGAAGAUUGCUCCACAUCAGAAUGAGGUGGUUGAUGUAAGUAAGACAAACUCUAUCCUUGAAGUGCAUAAUGAAAAAUAUCUUCCAAUUCUCCUCUUUUGUUUUCUCUAAUCCUAAAACUCCUCUGUGGUCUACACACUCAUAAGUAAGUUUAUCCAGUUGAAGCUCAAUUGAGGAACUUUUACGUUGUGUCAACUUUGGCGCCCCCUGUAGACAGUGCAGUCUUUGCUCAUCCUGUCCUGUACAAUUGUCCUAUCAUAUCCUGCAGACCUUUAACACUCAAAUGUUUAUUUAAUGUAAACAUUUUUGAGAAGUCAUCAGAAAUAACGUUGCUGCUAUAGCUGCUUGGCAAUGAUUUUAUUCAAUUACGAAAACUUUCCUCGUCUCAAGCAAUUAUGUUGUACAAGAGUCGACCACAACUAAAGCCAACUCUCUUUUUCAGGACUUUCUGGGCUCAUCUAGUAACUUACUGGAGAGGUCUCUCCUCAACACAUGGAUAGAAAAAAAAGAUGAAGGCAACACUUCCCUGGCUGAGAGAUAUCUGGAUUCGGUUGAGCAGUUAAUUCACAUGGCCAACAUUACACAACGCUAUAAGAAAAAAAAUGUAGAAGUGGAGGCACAGAACUGCCCAACAAAGUCAGGAUGCACCAACAAGGUGUUUAACGUCACUGUUCAUCUCAGUGGUGAAAAUCCAGGCUACGUAAAAACAGCAGGGUUUAAAGAACUGGAGAGUUAUUUGCCGAACAACUUUGAAGAGAAGUUCGAGCCUAACAGCAUUGUUGUCUCUACAACUACCGAGAGGAACAUAUCAGGUUCCGUUGGUGUUAAAAUCACCUUCCCGCUGCGAAAGCAGAGGCCUCGCAAUGUUGAGAUGAUUUGUGUAGCUUGGGACGACAAGACCCAAGGCUGGUCUGAACAUAAAUGUGAAUGGAAGCCGGAGAAAGGCUCGGACGGUGUCUGCGAAUGCCAGCAUUUGUCCUCGUUUGCCAUUCUGAUGGGAAAGUAUCCCUUGGAAGUCCCCUGGUUAACAGAAGCAACCUACGCAGGACUGUCCAUAUCAAUCAUCUCACUCAUUGUCACCCUUGUGGUGGAAUUGAUUGUCUGGAAUGCUGUGACUAAGACAAAUACUUCAUAUUUCCGCCACACAGCCCACGUCAACAUUUGCCUGUGUUUGUUAGUUGCAGAUUGCUGCUUCUUAGCCUCUUCUAAGUCAGUUGUAUCGCCUGUCUGGUGCAUGACCUUUGUGCUGCUGAAGCAUUUCUUCUACCUGUCCAUGUUCUUCUGGAUGUUGUGGCUGAGCUGCACGCUUCUUCACCAGACAGUUUUCAUCUUCCACAAUCUGAGCAAGAAAAACUACCUGAGGUUCUCAAUUCUCACCGGUUAUGUGUGUCCUUUGUUGAUCGUUAUCACCACAAUUCUUGCAAACAAAGCUGGUGCUGAAGGCCUGUACUACUCCAAGGAGACUUGUUGGCUGGUUUAUAUUGCGCCACUUAAAGGGUCUAUCCACACAUUUGUCAUACCAGUUGGUAUCAUUGCUUUCUUCAACAUGUUUGCCAUGAUACUGGUAAUUGUAAAGCUUUUGGAUCACCCUAAGAAUGUUUCAUCAGCCUGUGAAAAAGAGAGGAAGGCCGCCGUAACUGUCCUGAGGACAGUUAUUCUUCUGACGCCGAUCUUUGGUGUGACAUGGAUCCUUGGUCUUGCUGUGAUGCUGCUUGACCUCAAAUAUGGAACUGUAGCCUAUGUUGCUAAUUAUGCCUUCAUUCUGCUUAAUGCAUUCCAGGUAAGACCAAUUUUAACUCUUAAAAAUGUUCAGAAGCGCAUCCAGAUAAGAACAAGCGUUCUUCAAUAACCUCUGCCUUUAAUUUUGCAGGGUUUUUUCAUUUUGUUGACCACAUGCUUUGGGGACACAAUGGUAAGUAAGUUUGAUGCCUGAGGACUUAUUUGGUUUUAUUGUGUCUGUUUUGAGGGAGUCAAUUAGCCUUCACAGACUAGAGUUUAUUUGAUCAACCAGUUAUUCAGUCAGUGACCAUAAUAGGAAUCAAGCAGCAACCUCUGGUGUCGAAAAGAAAGAUAGCUGGUAUUGAAGCUCUGUAUAAAAAUGCUUACUUUACUCAAUGCAUAUUCAGCGAGAUGUUACUGCUCAUUAGAAAUAUCAUAAACCAUGUGCAGAUGAGAAAAAAGUCUUUAUAAUUGUGUUUUUGUCCAUGUCUGACAGACCCGUGAGGAACUGCUGAAGCGUCUUAAAAUAAAGGUAAGUCAAACCAACUUUAUUAACCCCAGUGUGAAAUACCACAGUGAUUAUCAUAAAGUUUUAUAUGUCCUUUAAUGCUCCCCAGACUCCAGCUUCGACGACCAACAGCUGCACCGACUCAACCUCGAUGAAGUAA